AUGACUUGGAGUAUGAGACGGGGGUGGUCAAGUGCUUUCACAGCUGACACUCAUGUCACGCAAGGGGGCAAGCUGCUGCUGCAGCCGCAUCCCCCUUAUAAGCACCGCGUUGCGUUCUGCUCGCCGCCAGUACACUCGAAACUGGACGGGAGGAGGCUGUACGAGUGGCUGGAGUACCACUACCAUCUGGGUGUGGAUUACUCGAUCAUGUACGACGCAGGGGGGAUCGACGAUGAAGUCACUCAGGUGCUGAUACCAUACGAGCAGGGAGGGCUGUUGGAGGUUAGAGACAUAGGGGACUUUCUGGAGUACGAGACAUGGCUCUAUGCCCAGGUGAUGGUGGUGAACGACUGUGCAUACAGCACGCGCUACUCAGCCACGUGGACACUCUUCUUCGAUCUCGAUGAAUUCUUCAACGCUGAUGACCCGCCCCCACCACAGAAGGUACCCCCCCUCCGAAGGUACCCUCUUGUGGCGAGACAUGCCUUGAGCCCCAACUCCCUGACUAGCCUUCACGGUGGACCGUGGGUGACUCCUGCUCCCUAA